UAUAUAUAUAUAUUUUUUUUUUUUAUUUUAUAUAUAAACCACCAUGUAUUAGUAUGAGUAUUUCAUCCACAAAAAAACCACCACAUUGAGUAGACUUCCAAUUGAAUCCCCAAGUAGCUUUUCCUCUUUUCCUCUCUCUGUCUCUCUCUCUCUAUCUCUCUCUCUCAAGAGUCUUGCUUGCUUGCUUGGUUGUGCUUUACUAACAAGAACAAGAAUGGAAGGUGGGAAUGAGUAUAAGAAAGGUCUUUGGACAGUGGAGGAGGACAGAAUUCUAAUGGAUUAUGUAAGGGUGCAUGGAAAAGGGAAGUGGAAUCGUGUUAAUAAAGUCACAGGAUUGAAGAGGGGUGGCAAAAGCUGCAGGUUAAGGUGGAUGAAUUAUCUGAGCCCAAGUGUGAAGAGAGGUGACUUCUCUGAGGAAGAAGAUGACCUUAUCAUUCGACUCCAUAACCUCCUUGGAAACAGGUGGUCUUUGAUAGCUGGACGUGUUCCUGGGAGAACUGACAACCAAGUCAAGAACCAUUGGAACACUCAUUUGAGCAAGAAGCUCAGUGUGAAUUCGAAGAAGGGAAAGGCGAAAGCCAAGACUUGUUUAGGCUCAAAACAAGUGAAGGGGAGCUUCUGUACGGCCUCAGAGUCAAACUCUGAGCAGCAGCCUCAACCCAAUUCCAAUUCCAAUAUUGGUGAUCAUGAAGCUGCAUCUGCUGCUGGGUUUGAUGAUAAAUUGAUGAUGAUCAAAGACAACAUUGGCUCUAAAAGUGGGGUUGGUUUUAAUGGCAUGUGGGAGGCGAUGAUGAACAACAAUAAUUAUGACAGCUCCUUUUGGUUUUACAAUGAUGACCUUAAUCUAAAUAGCCCUUUAUUUAUUGGACCCUAG